AAAAUGGCUGCCAGUUACUUUGGUAAUUUACGGCUGUAUCUUUCUUUAUUGUUGCUGAUUUAAUUAAGACUGUGUAUCGAAAUAUCGUAGGAUUAAUCUCAAAGAGAAAUAGUGAAGCAAAAGUUCUGCGUACGCGUUACUCUCGUCACAUGGAUUCUGUGGAAACGUUCACUUUCUUUCGAAGAAAAUCAAUUUAUUGGGAAGGAAGGAGAGAAAAAAUAGAGGGAAAAGAUGAAUCGUGUAAAAAAACUUCUGUCGAGCAAAGAGACACGAGAUUAUUUAAUGAGUACACAUUUUUGGGGACCUGUAGCUAACUGGGGCAUUCCGAUUGCUGCGAUCGCCGAUAUACGAAGAGACCCAGCAUAUAUUAGUGGAAAAAUGACGUUUGCCUUGUGUUUAUAUUCUGCAAUGUUUAUGAGAUUUGCACUGAAGGUGCAACCAAGGAACUUGCUUCUCUUUGCUUGUCACUUUGUUAACGAAGGUGCACAAUUGACGCAAGGUGUUAGAUUUAUUAAACAUCAUCUUUCAGGCAAGAAGGAGGUAACAGCUUGAAACCAUCAUUUCUCUGGUCUUAAAAGUACAAAGUUCUUACUAUUCUUUUGUAGCAUAUCCAUCAAAAUUUGAUGGAGACUUUUUAAGACACGUAUACUAUGUAUAAUUUAAAUAAUAUAACCUCAGCUACUUCACAACUAAA